AUGGGACUGCGCCGGGUGCGGAACCCGAUUCGGCUGGCACGACGGAUGCUCGAGCACGGCGAUGUUGAUUUGGGUGGGAGGGCCGGCCGGCAAGCGAGCCGCACAAGCCGCGGGGACAGCGAGGACAGCGAGGACCAGAACAGUGAGGACAUGCAGGGACCCAACAUUGACUCGGGCGCCCAAGGCCAUACGCAGAUUUAUGGUGCCGCCGCCGAGGUGUUGGCCACGCGCUACGGACUGCCGCUCGUCGAUCCGUCCUACUUUUUCACGCAGCAGCGGUGGGACGAGCAUGUACGUGCUCUCGAGGCCGAGAAACAAGGGCGGGCGGCCACGGGCUCCUGGUCGGCCAGCGAGUACCUCCCACAAGGCACGUGCGGCGCGGUGGCCCUAGACGCGGACGGGGUGGUGUGCUGUGCGACGAGCACGGGCGGCCUGACGAACAAGGUGACGGGCCGCGUGGGAGACACGCCGGUGGUGGGUGCAGGCUCGUGGGCGGGCACGUGGGCCGAGGACGGCGAUCCGACGGGAUGGGCGGCCGCGGCAGCGGCCGCAGCAGCGGCAGCGAGAACAGCAGGGGGUGUGCAGACGGCUCGCCCGGUUGUCGAGCUGUCUCGGGCUCUCUGCAACCUGCUGGCCGAUUGUCUUCCGAUUCCCUCGCCGACACCCCUUUUCUAUGAACCACUAUCGUCGACGCCAUCGUCGUCCACAAAAACAACACGCUCCAUCGGCCUGUCUGGCACGGGCAACGGCGACUCCUUUUUGCGCAUCAGUGCUGCGCACACGGUCGCGGCCAUGGCGCAGUACAAGCCGCUCUCGUUGGCUUCCGCGCUUUCGGCCGUGGCUGGUCCCGGCGGGUUGUUGCAGCAGAGUGCAGGCGAUCGCUGGGGCCGCGCCGGCGAGGGCGAAGGCGGCAUCAUUGGUGUUGAGUCCGUGGUUGUGCACGACGACCGUGGCCAUGUCCGGGAGGUCCGCACCGCCGUGAUCCAGGACUACAACAGCGGCGGCAUGUUCCGCGCGUGGGUCGACGAUGCCGGUGAGGUGCAGGUGCGCAUUUUCCGGGACGAGUAA